UGUCCGUGAUUCAAAACAAGUUUUCGGUGUACCAUCCGGGGCAAACCCACGUGGAUCUCGAGCGUGAUUUUUUGAAGUUUGCGCAGCACUCCCUACAAGCCAGUUUCGUUGGAUACUCCCAACUUUUUGCCAAUGAGGACCUCGGCCACUAUUGGGGCCCCCUGGGAGAUCCGCUGGUGCGCAGGUUGGCGGAAGAGUUGUCGGUCACUGCCUCGCAGCUCCUGCAUUGCUUCUCCGUUCACUACAAAAACGUGGCGGUCAUUCCCCAGUCGACAAACCGCGAGCGAAUUCUGGAAAAUGCACAACUGCCAGCUCCACCUGCAGGUACGAGAGAAGAUGGACCCGCGUCAGCUUCGUCGUCGAAAAAAUGGGACUUCGCGUUUCGUAUCCUCGACGCUCUGGUUGUUUUGUGGGAGAGCAACUUGGUGCCCGGCGAAGAGGUGGUGCAGCCAAUAUGGGCGAAGCAGCGAUUGCGGGUGUUUCUAGAACAUUCUGAACACGACCAUCCACUGCGGAAGGCGCUGGCGCAGGCCCGUGAGGAAUCAGCAGACGUGGACUUUUUGAAAGCUCUACUUCAAGUUCAAAAAUUUGAUGAUGAAGAUGAUGAUGAUGCCUCGGGCAGCGGGAAGGGGCCCUCCGCUCGGCAGGAUGUUUCAACGUACGUAGAAGAUUCCGUGGCACUACCAACAGGGGGGCCUCCACACGACAAUACUGCGACUGCGGACUCGUGGUUGAGCGCAUUGGAGCGGAAAAUUCAAGAAAACACAACGGACGACGCCUUCACGGCAUGGGCCGCAAGCGAGACCUGGAAAGAAACACAAAAAGUUGCUCCUACUGGAGCUGCAGGACCUCGACCGUUAUCCUCCGGCACGAACCCGUCUGAAGAUCACGGCCCCGCCUCCACGUUGGAUGAUGAAGCUGCCUCAUCUUCUUCUAGUACCGCGACCCGAAUAUUUCUCGCCCGAGACUCGGCCCUUGACGCAAUGACAUCCGACCAAAAUUCAGUUCUGAAUCAAAUUUUGUCGGAAAAUACCGCGAGGCUGCCCCCAAAGUUAGCGUACUUUUUGCAGAAAAGCCCGGCGCUACGACUGGGACACAACCGGGACGUGAUGCGACGACAUCUGGAGGGCACCUACACAGCGCUCAAGCUGUGGAAGCAGCCCCAGUAUCUCUGCAAUGCUGGCGCGCUGCACUCUGUGUACGGAGCCGGGGGACAGUUCAAGUUCAAGAUCUUAUCUUCGGCUUCUCUACUCGGAGGAGAGGAUGCAGACAAGAGCGAUCAGAUAAAAGUCUCUGCCUCGGGAUCGGCUGACAAUGACGACGAGUCCGAUUUUUUCACUGAAACAAACGCUGCCCAAGAAAGGAAAUUUUGCAGGCCGGAACGAGGCAGCACUCUCCCCUCCGGCGACAAGGAAACAUCGAAUCUUUUCCCCGAAGACCUAAUCCCUGACGCUUCACUCGCGUGCCAUGCUGUCAGCGGCGUUUCCGCCGUUUCCCUGCGGUUGCGCAAACUAGUUGCCGGCAUAGUGGGCGAAACAGCCGAGCGACUGAUUUUCUUGUACUCGGUUAUUGAUUUCAAGGUACUUCUGGAAGAAGUCCACGCCUCCGGGACCCGCGGAUUUCUGGACACGACACUGCUAUACGUGAAGGGAUGGAGAGGCGUUUUGCGAAGCUCCAAAUCCGACUCUGGUGAUGUCGUAGACCACAGCGAAGCGAAACGCAAUACAGGAGAGCAGGACGCAGAGGAAAAUCGAAAUAGGGCCGCGCGUGAGAAAUACAAAAAGUACUACCUCGUGCGGCGAACAGAUAUUGUGUCCCUGAUCAUUAUUGCCAUGGCGGACACCUUGGAUCAGGCGAACGACCGAUGUGGCUGGUGCGAUUGGUUGCGCGAGUUCGAUUCGUCCGAAGGUCGUUGGCCUGGGGCGUCGAAGCCCCCGAUUCACCUGUUUCCGCAGGCACGAAUGGCACACGUGUUGCGCAAGUACGGCGAUUUGGAUCGCGGAGAGAAGAUUGCAGCAGGGAUUCCUGCUCGAGCGCUGCAAAAUCUGGCAUUACCUCCAGUUUUCGGCCAUUGCACACUAUCGAUCGACCUGACCGAGGUGCGCGAAAAAGCGGCUCGUGACCUACUCUGGGAGCUGCUGCAGCUCGAGAAAGACGAAGAGAGCCGGGUCGAUGCUCACUCGAUCGGCGGGAUUUCGCUUGGAGGGGCGGCACCAGGAGCCAUGCAGACACGAGGAUCUUCAAGGGGACCUCACACACAUCAAGUGUUGUCUGCUAUUAAACGUCUUCGGAAAGAUGAAGCACCAUCCGGCGUCGAAUCGGAAACAUCUUCAGCCUACGAAAACAAGCUACUUCAGGUUAUCGACCUGAAUCCCUUUCUCGCGGAACCCUGGCUCCUCCUCGGCCAGGAACUGUAUCGUCGCGGCCAGUUCCCGGCGGCUUUCUUCGCGAGCGGAACGGCGAUCCAAAAGUUCCUCCAGAUGGGUACGGCGUAUGUGAAAACCUUCAGCUACGCAGGGUGGCUGGCCGCGUCAAGAACUUUGCGGGCAAAGAGCCGGUCCAUGAUGAAGCUACAACAGCUGCGUGCUGGCGGUCACCUCCCGGGGAGGCAACUUGAUGUAGAGAGCGGGGAGGCCACGACAGGUUCGCCGAUCGACGCAGCGACAGGCAUGCCGCGAGAUGAAGAUGGACUCGUGGACUUGAGUGAAUUCGUCUUCUAG